CGACAAAAAGCGCCAAACUUACCUGCAAAUAUGUUUGGGAGAAAAAUAUAUUUCAGUUUUAAAGAAGUGUAUAUAUUGUGGUGAUUGUUUUAAAUUGUAUGUAUUUUGUUUAAAAAAAAACUUGUAGACAAAAAUAGUAGUGGUAUGGACUAUAGUAUGUUUCGCGAAAUGAUCAUAGAACAGUUACUGUAAGUAUGGCAAUUAAAUCAACGAAAGGUAUUCGAAUGUUUUUUAAAUUUACGCGGAUUAUGUCACACGAAAAUACCAUUCAUUUAAAUAAAAUUUUCGCGCUCCACGCUAAAACUAUCGAGCCUGGUCUAUUUUUAAACUAGACUUAUAUUUUGACGAGUUGUGCAACGGAGCUAGUAAAACUAAAUCGGAGUCAAGAAAACGAAAAAUUUCAAUUAAAUGCAUUUUGUGAGGGAUUUUCUAGUGAUACGUCACUUCUGCAUCAUAUGGCAAGUCUAUUGUUGUGAAAGCAAAACAUCUUAAUAUCAUAAAAUAUGUGCUAUUAUAUCCGUAAAAUGCUUCUGUUAGAAAAAACGCUCUCUGCCAAAUAUAUUUCCUAAAAAUAAUAGUUUUGCUUUUAGUGUAUUUUAAAAAAAAUUGAUUUUAUCUCACGAAGAUCAGUAUUAAAAUUUCCCGCUUCAUUAUCAUGGCAAACAACGACGAAAAUUCUUCGAAACAAAUAUGUUUUCCAAACGAGUCCUUAGUGACAGAUAAUGAGUUUAAUUUUGACCUAUCAGCAAUCAACAUUAAUACAGAAGUUUUUAAAUUUAUUACAUUUAUCCACGUAAUAACCCCUUUAAUCUUAAUGUGGUGUUUUUUAUCAAACUUUAAUAAUAAAUCCAAACGAAGGAAAAUUUGCAGAAAGAAGUUUCAGAGGAAAAUCAACGAAGCUAAAGCAAAAGCUACACCUAAACAGGUUUUCAAGAGGCCUCCAAGAAAAGCUGCGUCCCUUUGGAACAUCAGACUCUCGCCUUCUAAAGACACAAGUCUUCUAGAUUUAGAUGAUAUACAAAAAAUUCGAUAUAUUGAGAAUAAAGAAAGUCAAGAAGAUGAAGAUGAAUACAUCACUGGUGGAUAUAUGCCUAUCAAUAUUGGAGAUAUUCUCAAAGAACAAUACAAAGUUUGUAGAAAGUUAGGAUGGGGCCAUUUUUCUACAGUUUGGUUAUGUCGCAACUUAUCGAAUGAAGGACCUACUUAUGUAGCUUUAAAAAUCUGCAAAAGCGCACAAUCGUUUGCAGUUGUCGCUCAAGAUGAAAUAAAGCUACUGAGAGAGACGAAACUGAUAGACCCCACUCACAUUGGCUAUAAACACAUUGUCCAAAUGGUAGAUACUUUUAAAUUAGUUAGCGUCAAUGGAGUACACACUGCCAUUUCUAUGGAGAUCAUGGGGCCCUCAUUGCUACACUUACUUAUUCAGUCUGAUUUUAGAGGAAUUCAUUUAAGUGGAUGCAAAAGGAUCAUUACUCAGGUUUUAAAAGGUUUGAGCUACCUUCACGAAAAGUGUCGUAUUAUUCACACCGAUAUUAAGCCAGAAAAUAUAUUAAUAAAAGUUGAUGAAAACUACAUCAAAACUAUUAUAAGUAAAACUGAAAAAUUUACAGAACUUGGAAUUGAUAUGCCACGUUCGUAUGUCGCGUCCGAUUGUUGGAUAGACAAGGACAAACGCUUGGGGGAUUCAGAUGAGAACAUUAUAUCUAAAUUCGAAGAACAAAGAGGACAGUCUUAUCCGUACGACAAAUUUUUAGGAGAACUUACCGAUUUUAAAAGAAGACAUGGCGAACCCCGUUUGAAUGCUCCCAUGUGGGUUAGCCCCAACAUCGAAAUAAAAAUAGCCGAUUUAGGAAAUUCUUGCUGGGAGGACCACCAUUUUUCAGCCGAAAUUCAAACACGUCAAUACAGGGCUUUAGAAGUAAUUUUAGGAGCUGGUUACGGUUUUCCCGCUGAUAUAUGGUCAGUGGGGUGCAUGGGAUUUGAAAUGGUGACUGGUGAAAUGCUUUUUAGUCCUAAAGGUGAAGAAUCAAAGAUUACUAAUAGAGACCAUUUGUGUCUGAUUUACGAAACGCUUGGUGGUAUUCCACAAUAUAUCACCGAAAAGGGUACAAAUGCUCGUCAGUAUUUUUCAAACGGUGAAUUGCUGCGUGUAAAUAAGAAAUGGUUAAGAAUAUGGAAAAUUGAAGAUGUCCUAGUAGAGAAAUACAAGUGGAAGAGGGUGGAUGCUAUCCCAUUUGCUGGUUUUUUGGAAAGUCUUAUCGAGCCGGACCCAGCCUUGAGAUUGACUGCAUCUAUGGCCCUUCAAAGCGAAUGGAUCACUAUGAAUGAGUAAUUUCCAAAACCAUUUUUAUAUAAAUCUGUUUUAAAGACUGAAAUUUUUAUGUUAAUUAUAUUGUUAUUAUUUUAUGUUCAAUAUAUCUUCACUAGUGUUUUAUAAUAAAGUUACAAAAAUUAAAAAUCGUUUUAAAA